UAGAAGAAGUAUCACAAACGAUUGCUGGUGGAAUGGCGUCUGGUGGAACAUCUGAACCUGAAAAGGCGAAGUCAUAUGAAAAUUAUUUACAACUGGAAAAAGUUUUAGGAGGUGUAAGACGAUUGAGCGAAGUAAACAAAGAUCCGGCUCAUGACGAGCAUCUCUUUAUUAUCAUUCAUCAAGCGUUUGAGUUAUGGUUCAAGCAAAUGUUAUUUGACUUGGAAUCUAUUAUGGAAAUUUUUGACAGUAAACCGGCACGUGAGCAGAAGCAAAUGUUGACCAUAACUCAGAGAUUGGAAAGAAUUGUUCUCAUAUGGAAGUUAUUGAUCGACCAGUUCUUCAUAAUCGAGACUAUGCCACCAUUGAAUUUCUUAGAAUUCAGACACCACCUUGGAUCAGCAUCUGGAUUUCAGAGCUUGCAAUUUAGGCUGCUUGAAAAUAAAUUUGGAAUUCGUGAUGAAAACAGAACAAAAUAUGCCAAUAAAACCUAUAUUGACAUGCUGGAUGCAGAGAGUUCAAAAGAAACACUGAGAAGAUCAACCGAAGACAAAACAUUGUUAAACGUUGUUCAGUUAUGGCUUGAAAGUAUAGACGAUAUUGAUUCUGAAUUCUGGCAGCGAUAUACAAAGGCAGUUGGAAACAGUGGAAACGAAGCUUCAUUUCAAGGUGUUGUUGACAAAGACAAGUAUGAAAGUGAUCGCGAGAAAGGAAUAAGACGCUUGAGCCAUAAAGCCUUCAAGGGUGCAUUACAGAUUUCCCUUUUGAGAGAUGAACCUGGUUACUGUCUGCCGUACAAAGUCCUCAGCCUUAUUACUGAUGUGGAUGGUUUGAUGAUGAAGUGGAGAUACAACCACGUGCUAAUGGUGCAUCGCAUGAUUGGAAGCAAAGCUGGAACUGGAGGAUCAUCAGGAUAUCAGUAUCUACAAUCUACAGUCAGCGACAAGUACAGAAUUUUCAUCGAUUUCUUCAACAUGUCAACUUUUCUAAUGCCUCGUCGAGAUUUAGAAGCCGUUGCAGAAUGACAUUGUGAGAAUAGAAACCUGAACAAAUAUAGUUGAUAACGUUAUUCGUAGCUUAUAGGUGCUGUAAUUGUUUUAUUUUUUAAUCUUUUAGAAUAUCUAUUUCUUUUUCUUAGACCAUUACUGAACGUCCCGCUGAAUAUUUGUAUAUAUACCCCAGGAAUAGAUUACCAUAGCUGUAUUUGGGAGUAAUACCACCAUUGUUUCCCCUUUUAGUCUUUGUUAAAUUGGCACUUUUCAAAAAAAUUGUCUAGAAUUUAUCUUUGGUUCAGAAAAGAAAAACUUGGCAUGAGUAAAGUUUUAUCCUGUUCAGUACUACAGACAAAAAUUCACAUAACAUUUCAUUGCAUAUAAGAUAAUAACCAUCGCUGGAAGUUAACCAAUCGAAUUUCACCCCUUUUUUUCUUGUUUACAAGCUUUAGUAAUCAUGUUACCUCAAGUUUCCAAAAUAUUUUAUAGAAACAUCAAAUAAAAAAAGAAUGGGGAUUGAAAACACCCAAGAUAUAUGUUAAUGAAUCAGAAAUUUUUACUGCAAUGAAAUGUAUGAUUUAUUUCAUACAAUUGUCAAAUUCAAGGGAAUAUUUUUUUUCUGACCCUUUUUCGUAUGAAACCGGAUGUGACGUACUAUGAUUUGGUAGUAUUACACCUUUGGCCAAACCUUUCGGAAUGUUUGACCCUCAAUAAUCAUCAACUUCGAAACGUAUUUGGCCUUUUAGCUUUUUGAUUCGAGUGUCAUUGAUGAGUUUUUUAAUAGACGUGUCGGAUUUACACAAUUAUAAGCCUGGUAUCUUUGGUGAGUUUUUUUUGCAGAGUGUACUUUUUUAUAGUAUUUAAAUAAAAUUAUGGAAAUAUA